AUGGACUUUAUGUUUAAUUUGAAAGAAGAUACAACAAUUAAUCCUAAAUCUUUGAAAAAUGUAGGUAUGCGACAGAUUAUGGUACUUAGUACGGAGGAGUUUAUAGAAAUGUCCAAUUCCAAGGAGGACUACCGAGUCCCAAUAUACUCUCCACAGUGGACCUAUCACUGUUUAACUACAUCGACAUGUGCACACAAGCCGGAAGAAUCUCCGGUCAAGUUGGAGGAACUCCUCGUCUCCUAUGCCUUUCUCAAACCCUCCGCGAAUGACCAGACCGUGGAGAGCACGGUGAGGGGAAUCCGCUGCCGUCUUUCAAUCGCUCUCAAUGUAAUCCCCACGUGCAACUUCCAGUUGUUGGAAAGUCCCUUCUGGUUUCCCUUGUUUGUGGAUUUCCGUGGUCGUUGUUACCCUGUGGCGCCGUAUUUGAACCACACGGGGGAUGACGCUUCCCGGGGGUUGCUUCAAUUCAACGUGGGGAAACCCCUGGGACCCAAUGGACUUCGGUGGUUGAAGAUCCAUCUUUCCAACCUGAGCGGACUUGGAAAAAGGUUUCACGAUGGGUCGUUCAAUGGACUACAGCACUACGCCGCUCUUGGGAGAGACUCGGUGGCUGCACAUUCCGUGAACCUGGUCUCCGGGUCACAUCCGAACGACGCCUAUCUCGACGUGGUGGAGAUGAUUGAAAAAUCACGGAAAAAAGAUGAAGCACAAGGGAACUUGUUGGCUGGGAAAUUGGAGGGUUGCAUAACACGGAAAGUCGUCAAACAGACCGUAAUGACCACGGUUUAUGGGGUCACUCGCUACGGAGCGGAAAUGCAAGUUUUGAGGAAACUGAUAGAGUUGGACAAGAUCUGUCAGUCGGAGAUUACUGCUGCGGCCAAUUACAUCACAAAGUCUAUUUUUAAUGCAUUGGGGACCAUUUUUUGUUCGACGACGAAUAUUCAGGUGGGGGAUGUGUCUGACGGUAGAACUGGCUUAAAUACAAUGCCAUUGGCCGUCAACUCAGUCAAGCAACGGAAUGCAUUUCCCCCCAAUUUUAUUCAUUCAUUGGACGCCACGCAUAUGCUUUUGACUGCUCUCCAUUGCAAAAAGUAUUUUUGUACUCAUUUGAGAGCUGGACUCAUCUUUGCGGCAGUUCAUGACUGUUAUUGGACUCAUCCGGGGUAUGUCGACCAAAUGAACAGGGUUGUACAUUUGUUUAUUUUAUAGAUUUGUCGGGAGCAAUUUGUGGCACUCCAUUCCGUGCCAAUACUGGAGGAGAUGAGUGAGCAGUUCAAUCAGACGAUUAGCAGCAUUGAGCCAUCUCUGUUUAAAGCAAAGACUCAGAGUAUUGAACACCUCGAUAUUC